GCAAUAAUCCAAGGUUUUGCUAACUGAGUUUGAAUCCAAAAGAAUCUCUUCCCAAGAUUCUAGGUUAAGACAUCACCCCCUUUUUUGACUAAAAGGCCUUUCCCCUUUCUAAAUUGUUUGUUUCUUUUCCAAGUCCUCCCUCAAUCUGGAAUGGUUGCAGCUUUGUUUUUAUCAGUUCUCUGAAAGCUUCUGAACAUUAAUCUGGCAAAGGUAAAAGCUUCGCAGUUCAUACUUUCCAAAACUUUUGGAUCAUUGUUUUUCUGAUUGUGAUGUGUGGUUAUGUCAUAUGUGUGGCCUACUGGCUUUCUUUAUUACUUUAGUUUAUUUCAUGUAUUUACGUUUGCUUUUGGUGGUGGGUAACCGAGUAUGCCAAGUAACAACCGUUUUUCUUCCUUUUGAUUACUUCUUUUUGUACGCUUUAGCUUUUAGGUUGCCUAUGUUUUGGAUUUUUUUUUCUUUGCUUUGCUCUACUAUUUGCAUAUGGUGACUUGCAUAUGGAGAGUGAGUAGUUUAGAAGAAAUAUGAUGUUCAUACUGUUGGCAAUUUGAUUUUGCUAUGGGGUUUUUUUUUUUUUUUGGUUCCGUUGACUUGAAUUCUUGUUCUGGAUCUGUUUUUGCCUCAGGCUAUGCUUGCUUUGCUGUAUGUUUCUUGCUUAUUCUCUAUAUCAUUUCCUUCCUUACAUUGGGUUUUCUUGUCUGGUUUUCUGGGAAUUUUGUUGCCUUACCUUUCUGAAAUAUGAGCUCCCAGCCAGUCAUUUUCGAGGUGGCCAAUCUACUCAAUAGUGCAUGGACUGUCCUCUCUCUACAUCUGUUCUGUGUUUCUGCCUAGAUUGAAGUCUUCUUGUUUUCCAAUAAUUGUUAGCUUGAUUGGACGCCCAUUGCCUGCUGCUUGGAGCCUCACUAUGGUGUGUAAUGGAAUUUUGGAAACCGAUGUGUUUUUAAGAGAUGAAAGCGUGUUUCCUUAAUUUUGUGGAAUGUCCAUAAAGGGCUCAACAGGCCAGAAAAUUUACUAAAUUUGAUCAAAUGAAAGAUAGAUUAGACGCUAAGACUUCUUCUUAUAGCAGGAUUGUCCCAGCAGUGCAUCCUUGAUCUCUGUCCCAACUGAGAGACUUAUUUAUGCUGGUUUGAAAAUGUAUCUGGUGGAAAGCAAAGGAGGUGCCAUAGCCUGCAUGCUGCUGGCUCUGUUCUUUUUGGGCACAUGGCCUGCUAUUAUGACACUACUAGAAAGACGAGGUCGUCUUCCUCAACAUACUUAUCUUGAUUAUACUUUGACAAACCUCUUGGCUGCUAUAAUUAUAGCUUUAACAUUCGGUGAGAUUGGCAAGAGCACUGCUGAACAACCAAACUUUAUUGCUCAACUAUCUCAGGAUAAUUGGCCUUCUGUUUUGUUCGCAAUGGCUGGUGGAGUGGUUCUCAGCCUUGGAAAUUUAUCUACACAGUAUGCUUGGGCUUUCGUUGGUUUGUCAGUGACAGAAGUGAUCACUGCAAGCAUUACUGUUGUUAUAGGCACAACCUUGAAUUACUUCUUAGAUGACAAAAUCAAUAGAGCUGAAAUUCUUUUCCCUGGUGUCGGUUGCUUCUUGAUAGCUGUUUGUCUUGGAUCAGCCGUCCACUCGUCCAAUGCUGCAGAUAAUAAAGCAAAGCUUAACAAACUUAAAAUAGAGGCUGGAUAUACCUCCACAUCAGAAGAGGCAAUUACAAAUGAGGAAUUAAUGAAUCUGGAGAAGGGGAAUGGCAUUACAGAGAAGGCAAAGGCAGGAACUGCUAACUUCCUUAUAGAGCUAGAGAACAGGAGAGCGAUUAAGGUGUUUGGGAAGAGCACUUUUAUUGGGUUGGUGAUAACUUUCUUUGCUGGUGUUUGCUUUUCCCUCUUCUCACCAGCAUUCAACUUGGCUACAAAUGAUCAAUGGCACACUUUGAAGGAAGGGGUUCCUAAGUUGGUUGUCUAUACUGCAUUUUUUUACUUUUCAAUCUCUUGCUUUGUAAUUGCCCUCAUCCUAAAUAUCACUUUCCUCUACCGUCCUGUAUUAAACUUGCCUAGAUCAUCAUUUAAGGCUUAUCUCAGUGAUUGGAAUGGCAGAGGCUGGGCCUUUUUGGCUGGGUUUCUGUGUGGGUUUGGGAAUGGUCUCCAGUUCAUGGGAGGUCAAGCAGCAGGAUAUGCAGCAGCAGAUGCAGUUCAGGCACUUCCACUUGUGAGCACGUUUUGGGGCAUACUUUUGUUCGGAGAAUACAGAAGAUCGUCUCGAAGAACAUAUAUAUUGCUUGUUAGCAUGUUGUUUAUGUUCAUUGUAGCUGUUGCAGUUCUUAUGGCAUCAUCAGGGCAUCGAAAAUGAGUUUGCAGCAUCUGAUUGAUGAAAUAAAGUUCUCCUAUGGAGAUUGCAUAAUUCAUGGCUUGAUGAAAUAAUUGAUGAACAAGUCAAAAAUGUUAACCAAUGCAGCAUUUGAUUGGCUCUGAUGCUUAUGCACGUCAAGAAAUUGCUUAGCAGAUGCUUCCAAAUCUUUCAAGUAGAGUCUUCCUUGUGGCUGGUGGUAGGAAAAUAAAAUAAAAUAAAACAAAACCAAAAGCAGACAAGGGGCAUUGGUAAUGA